AAAAAGGAAAGCUCAUUUACAUGUAAGAAAAAGCGAAAAAUGUUAUAUAAACAUUAUCUGAUCAAGUGAUUAUUUGUGUUAUUCAAUGCAUAAACUGGUAAUUGCGGAGAGUCAGACAAGAAAAGAAAGGUCACUCAUUUGCUAUGAAUCCCAAUUUGCUGGGAAAUUCGUUUUUCCUUGUAGAUAUUGAAGGGGUGGGGGUCAGAGUGAAUGAUCAGAAAGAUCGAAAAUUGAAGCAUUGAGUUAUGAAUUGGCAACGGAAAUCGCUUUCUGGGUGGUGGGUUUUUUCUCAGUUUCUCCAACUACCCUUCUUUCUCUGAGAGCUUUCGGCGGGUCACGUUUUCCUGUACACGUGGCGCAAAUUCUGGUGGUGCCCCGUUUCGUCUUUCACUCAGAGAUGAUCUGAUUGCCAUGUAAUUUGAUUGGUUUCAGAGGUAAGUUACUAAUUUUGAUCAGAAUUAUACAUAUCCCUGUUUCUUGUUCUUUUAGUGGGAGGCUCUGAUUUCAUUAAGAGGACAAGAAAACUGUUUGUUUCUGUUAUUGGGUUUGUUUUGGAUAUUUGGCUUGCUUUGGAUUUGAGAACUAAUGGGUAGCGCGUGGGAGUGAUGGAAGACAGAUGGGUUUGUGUUGGGUAAAUCCGGAGAAGCGUGUUUGAAUCUCUUAUGCGUUGUGUUCGAGAAGGCUUUGUGCGGUUUUCUUUAAUGGAGUUUCUGUCUCUUUGUUUUGAUUUGAAUUAAGGACCUGGGUUAGUUGUUUUUGUUUUUCUGGACAAACUGAGCUGGUUAGUCGUUGGUUUAUGAAUUUAGGUGGAAGCAGUAUCAGGAUUUAUGAGAUUUUUUUUGUUCUGAUCAGAAGCUGAAUUGUGUGAGAAGUAGGGUUAGGCUUCUGAAUUCUGGUUAGAUAAAUACAAGGUGGCUGUGGUUAGAUUAAGGGAGGAGGGAUAUAUUUUUAUUUUUAUUUUUUUUGUAUCGAGAAUAUGAGAUGGAGAACCAAGAGCUGCCUUAAUUAAUGCCUUAAGAGAUUGCUGAUAGAUGUUCAUCGAUUGAAUUUUGGUCUUCAAAGGUGCUUUUCUUACUGGGGCAGAGAGAAGUAUACAAAUUUUUGCGCAGAGUAGAUUGAUUUAGGUUUUUGGCUCUUCAGUUUGUAUGAACUUGUUAGAAUUGCUGUCAUUUUAGGAUAUGUUUUGUUAACAGUGGCAAAUGAGCAUGUUAUAAUGAACAAGACUACUGGAUUGUUUGUCGAUGGAUGCCCCGGACAAGACGUUUUCUGAACUAGUCGGUAUCGUGAAAUCGUGGAUCCCUCGGCGAUCCGAGCCAGCAAAUGUGUCGAGGGAUUUUUGGAUGCCUGAUCAGAGCUGUAGGGUAUGCUACGAAUGUGAUUCUCAGUUCACGAUAUUUAACCGUAGACACCAUUGUCGACUUUGUGGCCGAGUUUUCUGUGCUAGGUGUACGGAAAAUUCAGUUCCUGCCCCAUCUGGUGACUCAAGGACUGCCGGGGAAGAGUGGGAGAAGAUUCGGGUAUGUAACUAUUGUUUCAAGCAAUGGGUGCAGGGCAUAGCUACUCCUGAUAAUGGGAUCCAGGCUGCCAACCAGGAUCUCAGUACUUCGCCAUCAGCAACAAGUUUGGCCAGCACUAAAUCUAGUGGCACUGCAAACAGUAGUAGCAUUACACUUGGCUCAAUGCCAUACUCAGUUGAUCCUUAUCAGCGAGGUCAAUGCAGUUCAGGCCUCAGCCCACGUCAAUCAUCUUUGAUGGAAGCAAGCACAGAUAGGCAGGGCGAAUUAGCCUCAGGAAGGAGCAAAGAAAUUGUUUCAGAUGUAGGGAAUCCAAACCAAUAUGGAUUCUCAAUGAACAGUAGGAGUGAUGAUGACGAUGAUGAGUAUGGUGUAUAUCGGUCAGAUUCUGAAACAAGGCACUUUUCUCAAGUCAAUGAUUAUUACGGUCAAGUUGAUUUUGAUGAGCUGAGCAAUGACGACGGAUCACAUAAGGUCCAUCCUGAGAGAGAAAGCAAUGAAGCAAAGAGUUUAAGCAGCUCUCCAUUACAUCACAGUUUUGAUUCACAGGGUUUGGAAGGAAUCCCACUGCUAGGGAAAAAAGAUGAACAUGAUAUUGGUGAUGAGUGUGAAGCACAUUCCUCUAUAUAUGCUGCACAGGAUGUUGACACAGAACCUGUAGAUUUUGAGAACAAUGGACUUCUCUGGCUGCCACCUGAGCCAGAAGAUGAAGAAGAUGAGAAGGAAGCAGGUCUGUUUGAUGAUGAUGAUGAUGGUGGUGGUGCUGCUGGAGAGUGGAGCUAUUUACGAACCUCAAGCAGUUUUGGGAGUGGGGAGUCUCGCAAUAGGGAUAGGUCAAGUGAGGAGCAUAAGAAGGCUAUGAAGAAUGUGGUUGAUGGGCAUUUUAGGGCUCUGGUAGCUCAGCUACUGCAGGUUGAGAACCUUUCCAUAGGUGACGAAGAUGACAAAGAGAGUUGGUUGGAGAUUAUAACAUCUCUAUCCUGGGAAGCUGCUACGCUUUUAAAGCCAGAUAUGAGCACAGGUGGAGGGAUGGACCCAGGUGGAUAUGUAAAAGUAAAAUGCAUAGCGUCUGGACAACGUAGUGAAAGUGUGGUGGUCAAAGGAGUUGUUUGUAAGAAAAAUGUGGCUCACCGGCGAAUGACAUCAAAAAUAGAGAAACCUCGCAUAUUGAUCCUAGGGGGGGCUCUUGAGUACCAGCGGGUUUCUAACCUCUUGUCGAGUUUUGAUACGCUGUUGCAGCAGGAAAUGGACCAUAUAAAGAUGGCAGUUGCAAAGAUAGAUGCCCACCACCCUGAUGUUCUUUUGGUAGAGAAAUCAGUUUCUCGAUAUGCACAGGAGUACCUUCUUGCAAAAGACAUAUCACUUGUUCUCAACAUCAAGAAGCCACUUUUGGAACGUAUAGCCCGUUGCACAGGUGCUCAAAUAGUGCCUUCAAUUGAUCAUCUUUCAUCUCAGAACUUGGGCUACUGUGAUGCAUUUCAUGUGGAGAAGUUUCUAGAACAUCAUGGUACUGCGGGACAGGGUGGCAAGAAAUUGGUGAAGACACUGAUGUAUUUUGAAGGGUGCCCGAAACCGCUGGGUUGUACUAUUUUACUUAGAGGUGCUAAUGGGGAUGAGUUGAAGAAAGUGAAGCAUGUGGUUCAGUAUGGAAUUUUUGCAGCAUAUCACUUGGCUUUGGAGACUUCUUUUCUUGCUGAUGAAGGAGCCUCUCUGCCAGAAAUCCCGUUGAAUUCUCCAAUAGCCGUUGCACUUCCAGAUAAAUCAUCGAGCAUUGAGAGAUCCAUCUCAACAGUACCUGGUUUCUAUGUUUUUGAUGGAAAGUCACAGGGACCUCAACAGAUUGGUGAACCAAGGAGAUCAAACAGUGUCCCUACCUCAGAUCUGGCCCCAUCAAUUAACAAUGCACAAACUUGUUUACCCAAUGGAUCUAGUACUCGAUCCACUGAAACCACUUCAAAUCUGAUAAACUAUUCAGCUUUUUCCUCCUGUGCUCCUUCAGGAAAUGUUUCUCCAGAUUCUUACCUCAGCAGACUUUCUCCUUAUCAUACCUUUGAUGACAAAAUUAAAAUGGGUUUUAAAGAACCCCUAGUGGUGGAAACUUCUGCAGCAAAUGACAGCCCAGCUGUCAUACAUAAUCAUCUCACUGUUAAUGGUUUUGCGUUUUUAUUGGGACAGGAUGUUAUAGCAAAAGAUUUCCACAAUGGUCACAUUGCAAUGGCUGCAAAUCAGCUAGGCAGUUCAGAGAUAUCAUCCGUGCAAGAAUAUAAUAAAAACCAUCCAGAAGAGCGAGGACCUUUGAAAGAAGAUCAUGUGCCUUUAAAAGAAGAGUUUCCUCCAGCACCUUCUGAUCACCAGAGCAUUUUGGUAUCAUUAUCAUCCCGGUGCAUAUGGAAGGGGACUGUUUGUGAGAGGUCCCAUCUCUUUCGAAUCAAAUAUUAUGGCAGCUUUGACAAACCUCUUGGAAGGUUUUUACGGGACCAUUUGUUCGAUCAGAGUUACCAUUGUCGUUCUUGUGGCAUGCCAUCAGAAGCCCAUGUUCACUGCUAUACUCAUAGACAGGGUACCCUCACCAUAUCUGUUAAGAAGGUAGGAGAAAUUCUCUUACCUGGUGAAAGGGAAGGAAAGAUCUGGAUGUGGCACAGAUGCCUGCGGUGUCCAAGGACCAAUGGUUUUCCUCCAGCAACUCGAAGAGUAGUGAUGUCUGAUGCUGCCUGGGGUUUAUCUUUUGGGAAAUUUUUGGAGCUCAGCUUUUCAAACCAUGCGGCUGCAAGCAGGGUGGCAAGUUGUGGCCAUUCUUUACAUAGAGAUUGUCUUCGUUUCUAUGGAUUUGGGAAAAUGGUUGCUUGCUUUCGAUAUGCAUCGAUUGAUGUUCAUUCUGUCUACCUUCCACUGCCCAAACUGGACUUCAACUAUGAAAAUCAGGAUUGGCUACGAAAAGAAACAGAUGAGGUGGUUGACCGUGCGGAGCUUCUGUUUUCUGAAGUACUUAAUGCUCUUUGCCAAAUAGAAAAGAAAAGAUCUGGUUCAGGGUCGCUUCAUAGUGGCAUGAAAACCCCUGGAACCAAGCGCCGAAUUGCAGAACUGGAAGGAAUGUUACAAAAGGAGAAGGCAGAGUUCGAGGAAUCACUCCAAAAGACCUUGACCAAGGAAACCAAAAAGGGACAACCUGUUAUUGACAUUCUUGAGAUCAAUCGACUGCGGAGGCAGUUACUUUUUCAGUCUUAUAUGUGGGACUAUCGCCUGAUUUAUUUGGCCAAUUUAGAUAAGAGUAGCCUUCAGGAUGGUUUAAGCAUCUCAAGUUCAGAACAUGUGGAGAAACCCCUUGUUAGUAGUGAUAAGCUCACGGAUGUGAAUGUGGCCAACCUGCCGGAGAAAGGCUUUUGUAGCUAUGACUCUUUUCCUGUGGAAGCAAAGCUUAACAAAGGCCCUGAGCAGAGAGGGUAUGGUAGCGACACUAACCUGUCUGAUUCAGUUCAUCCAGAAAAAGACAUGGGUCAAGAUCAAUCUGACCCUUUAAAACCAGAACAUGUUCAUAGGACCCUCUCUGAUGGGCAGUUCCCUAUCAUGGGAAAUUUGUCAGAUACCCUUGAUGCUGCAUGGAUAGGUGAAAAUCACACCGGAGUUGGAAUACCAAAGGAUAGUACCAGUACACUUCCUGAUUUGGCCAUGGCAGAAGCUUCAUCCACCCCUGCAUUGGUGGAGGGAUUGAAUUUAGAGAACCAACCAGAAGAGCAAAAUGGCACUAAGGUUGCCAUUGCUCUUUCACCUGUACUGUCCACCAAGAACCCUGAUAGCAUGGAAGACUCUGUAAGCUGGUUAGGAAUGCCUUUCUUGAACUUCUACCGUUCUUUCAACAAGAAUUUUUUAGCUAGCGCUCAGAAGCUUGAUACACUGAGAGAGUAUAAUCCAGUCUACAUUUCAUCCUUUCGGCAGUUGGAACUCCAAGGUGGGGCUAGGCUGCUUCUUCCUGUGGGUGUUAAUGAUACCGUCAUUCCAGUAUAUGAUGAUGAACCAACAAGUAUUAUAUCUUAUGCUUUAGUGUCACCAGAAUAUCAUAUGCAACUGACUGAUGAGGUUGAAAGGACAAAAGAUGGGGCGGAUUUUGUGGCUUUCUUACCACUUUCUGAUUCAAUGAAUUCCCAAUUGCUCCAUUCUGCCGAUGACACAGCCUCUGAGUAUCAUAGAAGUCUUGGGUCUUCAGAUGAUAGCAUUUUAGGUAUGUCUGGAUCUCGUAGCUCCCUGGUUUUAGACCCACUCUCAUAUACAAAGGCAUUGCAUGCCAGAGUUUCUUUUGGAGAUGAUGGCCCACUUGGUAAGGUGAAAUAUUCUGUGACUUGUUACUGCGCAAAGCGUUUUGAAACCUUAAGGAAGAUUUGUUGUCCUUCUGAGCUUGAUUUCAUAAGGUCUCUUAGUCGCUGUAAAAAGUGGGGUGCCCAGGGUGGCAAGAGCAAUGUAUUCUUUGCAAAAACCUUGGAUGAAAGAUUUAUCAUUAAACAAGUCACCAAGACAGAGUUGGAAUCAUUUAUAAAAUUUGCUCCUGGAUAUUUCAAGUACCUAUCUGAAUCAAUUGACUCAGGAAGUCCAACGUCCCUGGCAAAGAUUCUGGGGAUCUAUCAGGUAACAUCUAAGCAUCUUAAAGGAGGGAAAGAAUCAAAGAUGGAUGUUCUAGUGAUGGAGAAUCUUCUGUUUGGAAGGAAUGUAACACGGCUUUAUGAUCUUAAAGGAUCUUCUCGAUCGCGGUAUAAUCCUGAUUCGAGUGGGAGCAACAAAGUUCUGCUGGAUCAGAACUUGAUUGAAGCAAUGCCAACUUCUCCUAUUUUUGUUGGAAACAAAGCAAAGCGAUUGUUGGAAAGAGCUGUUUGGAAUGAUACCUCGUUUCUGGCAUCAAUUGAUGUAAUGGAUUACUCACUACUGGUUGGGGUGGAUGAAGAGAAGCAUGAAUUAGUUCUUGGGAUCAUUGAUUUCAUGAGGCAAUAUACAUGGGACAAGCAUCUCGAAACAUGGGUGAAGGCUUCAGGCAUCCUUGGUGGGCCAAAGAACUCUUCUCCAACUGUAAUUUCCCCCAAGCAAUACAAGAAAAGGUUCAGGAAAGCAAUGACUACGUAUUUUCUAAUGGUCCCAGAUCAAUGGUCGCCACAAUCUAUUGUUCCAAGCAAAUCCCUGUCUGACUUAUUUGAAGAGAACACACAAGGUGGGACAUCGGUUGGAUGAUACUGUGAGUCUUUGUGCUUGUACAUUAGACAUGUAAUUUGGAAUUACUCCUCCCACAUGGUCCUUUUUCCUCUUUGAUAUGUUUUCCCAUUCCAUAGUCAAUUCUUUUGGAUAGCAGUUUCAUUUGUAUUUUUUCAACAGAAGAAAUUCAUAAUUAUUUGUUAGAAGAUGCAGAAGAAGGCUGUUGAAGCCGUGGAGAUUUCUGUCAGGGGUAUAAUAUUAGAUCACCUCUCCACGAAAUCUUUGUACAAAAACUUAUUCAUGUUAGCUUUGAAAUGUGUAUACAUGUUUUAUUCUUAAAAUUUUGAUGUUAAUUUUGAA